AACGGAGCUUUCUAACUGCGCUGGCUGCGGCCUUGCACUAAGCGAGAAAAAGAGAGACUUGGGGGAGGGGGGUAGCGUAGGCCCAAGCCCGGCUGAGGCCCGGAGCUGGCGGAGGAACAGCAGUUGCGACAGACACGAAUUGGCGGGGCUAUGGACCCUGCCGAGGCAGUGGUACAGGAGAAAGCCCUGAAAUUCAUGCCAAGAAUACACAUGCCUAAAGAUGGAUUCCAGCUUACAUCUUCUGGAUACCAAGCAUGGCUAAAGCAGUGUUCUAUGCCCCGGUCUCUGUGGCUGGGCUGCUCCAGCCUGGCGGACAGCAUGCCCUCACUGCGAUGCCUGUAUAACCCAGGGACUGGCACACUCACAACUUUCCAGACUUCCUCUGAAAGAGAAGACUGUAAUAAUGAUGAGCCUCCCAGAAAGAUCAUUCCUGAGAAAAAUGCACUCAGGCAGGCCUAUAACAGCUGUGCCAGACUUUGCUUAAGCCAAGACACAGUCUGCUUAGGUACUACAAUGAAGACUGAAAACUGUGUAGCCAAAACCAAACUUGCCAAUGGUACUUCAAGCAUGAUUGUGCCAAAACAAAGGAAGCUAUCUGCAAGCUAUGAAAAAGAAAAGGAGCUCUGUAUCAAGUAUUUUGAGCAGUGGUCAGAGUCUGACCAGGUAGAGUUUGUGGAACAUCUCAUCUCCCAGAUGUGUCAUUACCAACAUGGGCACAUAAAUUCAUACCUGAAGCCGAUGUUGCAGAGGGACUUCAUCACAGCCUUACCAGCUCGAGGCCUGGAUCACAUUGCUGAGAAUAUCCUGUCAUAUUUGGAUGCCAAAUCUUUGUGUUCUGUUGAACUGGUGUGCAAGGAGUGGUACCGGGUGACGUCUGAUGGUAUGCUGUGGAAGAAACUGAUUGAAAGGAUGGUCCGUACAGACUCAUUGUGGAGGGGUUUGGCAGAGCGGAGAGGAUGGGGACAAUAUAUUUUUAAAAACAAACCACCUGAUGGGAUAAUACCACCCAACUCAUUCUACAGAGCACUUUAUCCCAAAAUUAUACAAGAUAUAGAGACAAUAGAAUCAAACUGGCGGUGUGGAAGGCACAGCUUACAAAGAAUCCACUGCAGGAGCGAAACUAGCAAAGGUGUUUAUUGUUUACAGUAUGAUGAUCAGAAGAUAGUGAGUGGUUUACGAGACAAUACUAUCAAGAUCUGGGACAAAAAUACUUUAGAAUGCAAGAGGAUUCUGACUGGACACACUGGGUCAGUCCUUUGUCUCCAGUAUGAUGAGCGAGUAAUCAUCACUGGAUCAUCAGAUUCCACUGUCAGAGUGUGGGAUGUAAAUACGGGUGAGAUGCUCAACACGCUAAUCCAUCAUUGUGAAGCGGUACUGCACCUGCGCUUUAAUAAUGGCAUGAUGGUGACAUGUUCUAAAGAUCGUUCCAUUGCUGUUUGGGACAUGGCCUCCCCAACAGACAUUACUCUGCGAAGGGUUCUGGUUGGACACAGAGCAGCCGUCAACGUGGUAGACUUUGAUGACAAAUACAUUGUGUCAGCAUCAGGGGAUAGAACUAUAAAGGUAUGGAACACAAGUACCUGUGAGUUCGUGCGUACCUUAAAUGGCCACAAGCGAGGCAUUGCAUGUCUACAGUAUAGAGAUAGACUAGUUGUCAGUGGUUCAUCUGAUAAUACAAUUAGGUUAUGGGACAUUGAGUGUGGGGCCUGUUUGCGGGUCUUGGAAGGCCAUGAAGAACUGGUGAGAUGCAUUCGUUUUGAUAGCAAGAGGAUAGUCAGUGGAGCCUAUGAUGGAAAAAUUAAAGUCUGGGAUCUGUUGGCUGCACUCGAUCCACGUGCCCCUGCUGGAACCCUCUGCCUGCGCACUCUUGUGGAACAUUCUGGCAGAGUUUUUCGACUCCAGUUUGAUGAAUUUCAAAUUGUCAGCAGCUCACAUGAUGACACUAUCCUUAUCUGGGACUUCCUGAAUGAUCCAGCUACGCAAGCAGAAUCUAACCACUCCCCAUCCAGAACAUAUACUUACAUAUCCAGAUAAAUGGCACUAUAUUCUAGAUCGCACUUGCACAGGACUAAGCUGUGAUACUUAAAUGGUCUGCCAAUGCCAGGGCAAAAGAUUUACCCUCAAAACAGAUAUUACUGAAGAGACAGAGGCUCUCAGACGCUUCUGGAAUCAAGUUCUCAUGCAGUUGAUCUCAAACAAGUUCUUCUUAGCACAGCUGACUGCUUGACUGCUGCUAUAUCAAAGAUUUCUUUUAUCUUUCCUGAAUGACUGAUGUGUACGCUUUCCCUCUUCACACACUGUCCCCUCAACUCUUGUCCUGCGUGCAGACUUCCUAUAAAUAUAUUUCACAUGUUGUCAGAAUUUCUUGCUUUGCUCUUAAGCAGAAAAAUCAUUACCAUCGUUCAACUGGGAGAUCCCUUUUGAUGUGCAAGUAAGAGAGGAACAGCUGGCUGAUGCCUCUAACUUUUGAGACUUGUAUAAAUGGCCCCUUUCCUUCAAUGUAAGAUGGCCUUGGACUUUAAAGAAAUUCCAGGUGAAUGCCAAAUGAAGGCCCAGGUGGCCAGAAACUAGCUAGAUGGUCAUAAUGAAAGUUUAAAACAAUUUCAGUUAAGACCUUUGCAUUUAUUUAUCGGUAUCAAAUGUUGGUCUGGGAGAUGCCAGUAAAUGAAAAUGUAAGUUUUAUUUUGUAAGCCUAAUAUGGCUUAAAUGGAGAGGUUUAUUGAUCAUCAAUUUCAUUGUUUUAGUGGAUUUCAUAUUUAAAUAAGGAAAUAUAGUACAAAAAGUGACAGAAACUACAGGGUUCCCUAUACACUUGUAUCUUCCUACCUUUUUCCUGCAUCUACAUUAAAUGAAUGCUUGCAAAAAAAAAUCAUAUUCUUCCUACUAACCUGGUUGAAUUGUUUGUGAGUGGGCUAACAUUUGUAUAUUCUUCCACCUAAUUGGAAAGGAACUAAUAAAAGAAUGGAUGUUAUGACUCCACAUCUCAGCUUUAAGAGAGCUCAGCUCUUUAAGCUGCAAGACCAGUUUAUGUAGGAAGAGAAAAUAAUGGAAAAGAAUAUUGAAGGGUUAUGGGUGGACUUCAUGCAGGAAAAGAAAAAAAAACUUGUUCUAUAUUUCUAAGUAAUCACAUGAUAGCAUUAGGUAGUCACCAACUCAGAGCAUCAGGAGGUAAGAGUUUAAUUCAGUUGGCAAAGGCUUGUUUUUAAGUGUGAAAUACCAGAAAAUAAGAUGUUUAUGUUGCCAGGCAGGCAAAUUCACUUUAUUCACUUUAGAGUAGCAGUUGCCCCAGUAUAAUUCAUAGUGACUAUUGGUCAUUUGCUAUGGCAGUCACAGUGGGUCAUAAGUUGAUGGGAACAAAGAAUAUUUGGGCAACUGGUUUUGUCCAUGUUUUUUCAUCCUGCAUAUGAUCUAUGAUCUGGAUUCAUAUCAUCAAGGAAGUAUAGCCUGAGACAUUGGCUUUCUUGGGAGAAAUAAUGCUAAUCCAACAUGUGAGUGUGUCUAGAUGUUCUUCUGAGUUCAGAAAUUUUUUGCUAUUCCACACUACUUCCUAUAGCAGGAGGGGAAGAAAGAGUACAUUUAUUUCAUAUUUAACUCUUCAUUAUGUUUAGAGACUCACCAUUUCCCUUAACACCAUUAAUCACUGUUCUCCUAAGUCAACAAGGACUACAGCCUUUGCCAUGUAUGCAACAUGUAGAACAGAGUAUUAAGAGAUUAUUCUCAUCUUUCUCUUAAGAUCAGCAUUUCCCAACCUCGGCAAUUUUAAAAUGUGUGGACUUGCUGGGGAAUUAUGGGAGUUGAAGUCCACAAAUCAAAGUUGAAGUUGCUGAGAUAGGGAAGCACUGAUUUAAAUCAAUGUUUUCUCUCCAGAAUGCCCUCAAUGUUUGCAGAUGUGUGAUUGCUUUCCCCUGCUCCCAGAGGAGUUUUAAAUAGGGUAAGACGUAGCUAGUGCAACUCUGCUUCUGUAGUCAGUCCUCCUCCUUCCUGCCGUUUUCCCCAAACAUUUUAGUGCUGUUUGUUUCUGAACAAGUAUUGGCCAGUUAAUCUUGAUGUAUAAAAUAGGUUUUCAUGGAGAAAGUAAUUAGGUUUUCCUGUCUCCAUUUCAAGGAAAACAACUGAAAUGGAGCUUUUCUGAUAGAAUGAAGAUAAAUCAUUCAUUGCCAUGGAAGUAACUGCAAAAGGAAGACUUUUUCUUUCAACUUCACCCUGCACGAACUUGAAAGAAAUUUUAAGUUUUCAGCCUUCAGUCUGCUGAAUAUCCAGCCCAAAACUAAGGCUUUGUUGUUCAUUGGCUCUAAAUAUUCCACCUUGUCUUUUCUCUGUAAAAAACAUGAAAUGGAUUGGGUAGAUAUGUAAUUCUCACAUAUCUAAAGUGAAAUUUGCUUUGGAAUGAAAUUGUUAAUCGUAGACAGCCUUGUCUUACGGAAAUCAGCAGGCAUGUUUAUUCACAUUCACAAUGGAAACAGAUUGGAGCACAACUAAAUCUUAGUCAUAAGAAAAAUCCUUACUGUAAAAAUCUGUGUUUCUACUACUGGAAGUUGAUUAUUUAAAACAAAAAAUGUUCAGUCAGGGACACAGCUGAAUAAAGGAAUCCCCUUGUAAUAAUGCUGAGCCAUUUUCAUGGUGCCAGCAUCAGGGAAGCUGAACGUUUUAAAAGAUUAUUUUAAGAAUUUAUGUCUGUUUAUUACAUUAGUAUGGGAGAAGCACCCCACUAUGCAAUUAACAAAAUCUGUUUUGAUUAAAUAAGAGACUAAGGAAAAAGCUG